UCCCCUUGUCUUGUUGCUGAGGCCGGGAUGGCGGUGCGUGUUGCUCCGUGGUUGCUCCUCGUUACCGGCUUUUUGGUCGGUGUGCUGAGCGGUGCCUCGGCGGACGGUGAUGGGCUGCUCAGCAAGAAGCUGCGAAUGCAGUACACGGCCGGCCCGCUGCUUAAAUUCCAGAUCUGUGUCUCCUGAGGCUACAAGCGGGUGUUUGAGGAGUACAUGCGGGUUAUUAGCCAGCGGUACCCGGACAUCCGCAUAGAGGGGGAGAAUUACCUUCCUCAGCCCUUAUACAGACACAUUGCAUCCUUCCUGUCAAUAUUCAAGCUAGUGUUAAUAGGUUUAAUAGUUAUUGGAAAAGACCCCUUUGCAUUCUUUGGCAUGCAAGCUCCGAGUCUCUGGCAGUGGGGACAAGAAAACAAGGUCUACGCAUGUAUGAUGGUUUUCUUCCUAAGCAACAUGAUUGAGAACCAGUGUAUGUCUACGGGAGCCUUUGAGAUCACUCUAAAUGAUGUCCCUGUAUGGUCGAAGCUGGAAUCUGGUCACCUUCCAUCAAUGCAACAGCUUGUCCAAAUUAUUGACAAUGAGAUGAAGCUUAAUGUUCAUAUGGAUGCAAUUCCUCACCAUCAUCGUUCCUAGCCACAUUUUCCAGCACCGGAAUUAUCUUACAUGAUGUGGACUUCUGUGAAGUUGUUAGCGGGGCUGGUAUAUAUGAAGGCUUGCACUGAAGACAGUUGCUGUUAGUGCGGGCUGGAUGUCUUUUUGCCAUCUCGUUGACUAUCUUGGAAGUCCUUCAUGAAAGAUGUUCUUGGUGCUGUUAUCUCCUGGCAUUCUAGAUGGAGUGCAAUUAUGUAUGGUGUAGAGGCAUUUUUUAUGCACCAUUAAGUCAAAUUCUAGUUACAUAAUGCUGGCAUUACAACUUUUUUUCUUUCAUAUUCAUUAUUUCCAGUGUUGGACUAGUUCCAUACAAUUUUCCUCCGGAGAUGCAUAGUUUGAGAUCUGAUUUUUAUAAACAAAACUCUUUUUUUUGAUAUUUUAAAGUGAUGCUCUAAUUAAAACAAAACAUUUACUGUUACCCUAAAUGUUUAGCUGUGUCAAUGUUCUUUAUGAUAAAAAUUAUAUUGGAGCUAUUAAAAUAACUUAUUCUAAAUUAUGGUCAAAAUUAUAGACAGAUAAACUGCAUAUAUUUGUUGUUGCAUAAUGGAAUUCAGGAUGUUCUACUUGAUGUAUUAGAUUACAUAAUGUAGGGUUUUUAAACUGAGCCUUUAUACUUGUCCUCUUCACAGAAGAUGCAAAUUAAGUUAAAUAAACUAAUCAUUACAAUAAGACUGA